AACAAACAACAACUACCUGCAACUAAAUCUGGUCAUUUUGUUUUUUCUUUCUUUGUUUUUUCCUCUGUUCAAAACGAAUCGUUUUCCCGAUGCUAAAAAUCGAAUCAAACUUCUGAUUGAUUUUUGAUCUGUAAAUUUCUCCUCUUAUUAUUUAUUGAUCUUUGACAAACCAGAAAUGGCAUCAUCCAAUUGAUCAUUCUUUUGCUGUGUAAAUAAACUUUCCUCAUCGCCUCAAUCCAUCAAAUCACGUGAUACAUUUUUUCGAAAAAUUUCCGGGAAAGAAAAAAAAUGAAUGAAAAUCCAAGAAAUAAUCUUCAGAUCAAUGUGAACGUUCCAUCAUAUCUGUAUCGCCAUCAUCCAGUAUCUAAUAAUGUAUCGGCUGGACAACAACUGCAACAACUUUCCGCCGAACAUCAACAACAACAACAAAUUCAACAACAAGAUCAAACAUUAUUGUUACAAUUACAAUCACAAGAAAAAAAAGAAGUACCAAUCGCUGCCGGUUUAGUUCGUAUUAUCACUAAAUCUGAACAUAAUUGUUUCAAUACAAUGAUAUUGACUAAAAGUCAAUUAACAAUUGGCCGUGAUAAUCAAUCAGAUUUUCAGAUAACAUCUAUAGAAAUUUCACGUCGUCAUGCAAGAAUUGUUUAUAAAGAUUCAUUUUGGUAUAUAAUAAAUUUGAAUAGCACAAAUGGUGUAUUUGUAAAUGGUAUAAAAGUUUGUCGACCAAUACGUUUAAUUGAUAAUUGUUUAGUAACAUUUGGUCCAUUAUCAAAUUCAACAUUUCGUUAUGUGUUUGUUGAAAAUUAUGAACAAUUUAUGUUGAUGCAAAAAAAUUCAACAACAAUAUUGUCAACAAAAUUACAACAAAAACAGCAACAAUCAUCCGCACCUGUUCAAUUAUCAUUUUUAUUGGGUGGUAUUGAUAUUACAAGUCUAUCAACACAGCCACGUAAUGAUAAUGAUGAUUUAAAUUGUAAAAAUAAUAAUAAGGAUGAUGAUAUUGAAUCAAAACGUAACGGUGUUCAACAAUCAAUUCAAUCAUUUAAAACACAAUUAACAAAUGGUAAACUGGAAUUGAAUCGUAUAAGAAAACGUUUAUUAUCAGAAAUUAAAUAUAAAAAAUAUCAAUUGGAUAUAAUGACGGCAAGAUUAACAACAAUCGAUAGACAAAUAAUACAGAAAAGUGAAUCAUUAAAAUUACCGGAUUCAUUGAAAACUGGUUUUUUGAAUGAAAUAUCCUGUUCAAUUUGUUUGGAUAUAAUGAAUGAACCAACAUUAUUGAAUUGUGAACAUACAUUUUGUUUUAAUUGUAUUGAUAAUUGGAAACAACGUGGUAAACAACAUUGUCCAAUUUGUCGUAAGAAAUUCUUUCGGAUGACAAAAUCAAUACAAUUUGAAUCAUUAAUUCGUUAUAUAUUGGAACAUUAUCUUACGGAAGAAGAAUUGAAAGAAAGAAAACAAACACUGGAAUCACGUAUUAAUGAAUUUACUAAUAAUGAAAAUAAUGAUGAUGAUGAUUCUUAUUUGGAAAUUAAUGAAAUAUUAGAAGGUUUGGAUUUAACAUUACGUGAUACAUUGGUUACAUUUUUAAAUUUUGCCGAUUUUCAACGACAACCAACAAAUAAUAAUAAUAAUGAUUCGAAUAAUGAAAUUCUUAUUGAAAGUGAUGAUGAAAUAUCAUUACUUGGACAUGGUAAUCAUAAUGAUAAUAACGAUGAUAAUCAACAAGAAGAAGAAGAUAAUGGCAAUGAUGAUUCAAUGGACAUUGAUCAAUCAAUCAUUAUUCUUGAUGAUGAUGAUGAUGAAAAUAGUGAUGAUGUUCAUGAUUUAAGUAUUACUGGUAGAAUUCGUGCAAGAUAUGAAGAAAUUAAUCGACAACGACAAGCUAUUGCUGCUGCUGCUUCUACUGCUUCUGCUGUUGGAAGUAGAAAUAUUCAUACUAAUCGUAUUCGUAAUCGUCGUCCUAUUGGUAUUGGACAUCAUCAAAGUAAUAAUAAUAAUAAUAAUGGACAACGAUGGAAUAUACGACCAAUUCGUGAUCGUUUAACUUAUAAUUUUCAAAUUCGACCAAGAUUUCGUCAUGUUCGUAAUAAUACAAAUAUUCGUAAUAUUAAUAUUAAUCAUAAUACAAAUAAUGCAAAUAAUACCAGUCGAUCAGAUGAAUCAAUGCCUUUGGCUUAGAAUUAACAAUUUAUUAUUCAUCAUCAUUAUCCAAUCAAUCAAAGAAAAUAAAUCAACCAAGUAACCAAACUUGAUAUAAUUGUGAUCAAAAUUCAAGUUUUUACAUAUUUCCUUUGUAUUUUUACCCUCCUUCUUAAUCUCCAACGAAAAAAAUGGCUAAUUACAAUGGCAGUUGACUAAUUCUUCAAAUUUCCUUGGUUUGAACUGUCCACGAUGGCCAUUUAUAAAAAAAAAUGAAACAAAAACAAAUCCUC